AGACCAACGACGGGAGUGUUUCUGCUUGCACAUGUAUAUACAAUGUAAGAGACAUCUACAUCUAUCGGACGAAUAUUAUGACUGACCUUGACCAGGUACUGUAGUAGAUAAUCCGAAUUCCAACUCAAAUGCAUUCGAUUUUAGGCGAUGCUAUGCCUCCGUACGACUUCCAGCACCUGGUACAGCGCUGCACGAAUACCAACGGCCGAGAAGCCUUGACCCCCCCAGAACGACAUCGACGUUGCGCCACUUUUCGGUAUUCUUCUUGCCUCCAAAGGCCUCCUGUCCAUCUAGGAACCGUGCAAUUCGGCACAGAAAUUUGUAGCCACUGAAAUGGCCUCGUUCAGUGUAACUUCCUUCGACACCAGUGUCCGGAACGUGGUCUCGUCAACGCGAAAAAUUCUCUGUGAUGGGUUGCCGAUUGCAACACAGGUCGAUCCGAAAGUGUUCCUCCUUGGCAAAAAUCAUGCUCCAGGCAGGGAACGAGUGUACUAGCAGCCACAGUGACUUGAUACGCGCACCAAAAAUCAUCGCGACGGUGAAGGCGCAGCUUCCUCCUGAUCCGGGAUAACUCUAACCACCGGCGUCGGCAGCGGCGGUGAAAUCACCACAGUACUAUGAUUCCGAUUCUUACUCCAAACACCCGGCCGAAUCUCACGGAGUUCAAUCUCAGGCUCAAAAUCCGUAUGCGCGGUCGAGGCUCCACACAAACGCCACAGCGCAUCAAAACCCCGAAAAAUCGAAAUGAUGACGGAAAUAAAGUACCACGCAGAUUUUCCGCUGC